AUGGCGACGGAGAGGAAGCGGAAGGUGAGCCUCUUCGACGUGGUGGACGACAGCUCGGUGUCGAAGCUGACCAAGGCGAAUGGCGCUGCUGGUCGGGCGGCUACUCCGCCGGGGACCAAUCGGUGGACGGGGCGUCCCUACUCGCAGCGCUACUACGAGAUCCUGGAGAAGCGGAAGACUCUUCCCGUGUGGCUGCAGAAGGACGAGUUCCUCGAUGCGGUGAAGGCCAGCCAGACCCUCAUCCUCGUAGGCGAGACGGGCAGCGGAAAGACGACCCAGGUUCCAUCAUUCGUUCCGUUCUUUUGGCCCUUGAAUUGCUUCUCGGUGAUAAUCUCCGUUGUUGAUGUAUUGUGUGCCGUCUUAUAUUUCAUUCGCGUAAUAGAACGUUAGAUUCUUUUGUUUAUUACUCCGCGUGUAUGAAUAGUGCAUUUGGCCUUCAUUAAGGGUCCCAGCGUACCCAAGAUAAGAAUAUAUACUAGUUUAUUUAGGAUGCUGCAUGAAGUUUGAUAUCUUCCUGGUUAAAGUUGGUUUUCUCCAGUGGAUGUGCUCGGCCUCCCUGAAAGUUGGGGAAUCUGACCGGAGGACUAAAAAAUUAGAAUAUUCUAGAAAAGCGAUUAGGAAUAUGCACAUCAGAAUAGAUAAAUAACUCGUCAAGGACAGGGAUCCAUGGCACUUGGUUGACAGUAGUGUUUCGUUUCGUUUUCAUCGCAUGCAUCCAUCUUGGGUAAUCAUGUUAUGCAGAUAGAACAUGCGGUCAUGGGUAGUCUGGUGUUCAUUUAACCAUGUUUCGAAAUCAGGCGGCGUAAGUCGACCUGAGGCAUCAAUUAUCAUUGAAAUAAAUUAUAGUGCGUAUGCAAUCGGCAACACGUUGAUUGACCUAAAGGUCAAAUUCUAGGCACCCUAAUCUUUGUCCUCUUGAGCAGUGGCAUGCAACUUUGUAGUUGUCCAUGUAAUGGUUAAACAUUUGUAAUUCUGAUAUCUUUGGCUUCUCGAUAAACUGUUUGCUAAAGGCUGAUCUUAUUCUCGCAUCGUUUUAAUUAUGGUUUUGAUACAUAGUCGGACGGAAAGUGCUGAGUGAUAAUUAUCUCUCAAGCUAGAGUUUAGCCCAGCUAUGGGAGAGGUCAGAUGGAGAGACUCAAGUGGAGGGUCCAAGUUUUAUGUUUUAAUUUCUGAAAUGGAGAUAGAUCGCUGUUCCUUUGUGAUUUUCAAAUUCCAGUUUAUUGUGUGAAAUAUAAACUUCUCUUUAUGGAUAUGCCCGUCAAAAAACUCCCAUUUAAAGCAGUCACUUUGUCUCUGCAGCCGUUGCCCAUGAUAGAUAUCCACGAGGAAAUCUUACUUACUUUUCAUAGUGGAGAUUAAACAUAGGGAGAGUGUGGCCUGUGGCUUAAAUGACCUCAGUUUUUAAUCUUUGUUGUAAAUGUUGGCAUCUUGACAUCAUUACUGAUCGAUAGUUUUUUUUGGUUGCAUUUUUUUGGCUUCCUGUCAGUUGAGGGUGCUGAUUGAGAAUUGUUUUUUACCUGACAGAUUCCCCAGUUUGUUUUGGAACUUGAUGACGCUGGCAAACGCCCGAUGGUUGCUUGCACACAACCUCGUAGAGUGGCUGCAAUGUCUGUUUCCCGUCGUGUUGCAGAAGAGAUGGAUGUGACAAUUGGUGAAGAAGUUGGUUACAGCAUACGUUUUGAAGAUUGCAGUAGCAAUAAAACGAUGCUUAAGUAUGUUCUUAAUUUUUGAAGUGCUUUCUGUGCGAGGAAAUAUUCCUUGUGGAAAGCUUUAUGUAGCCUGCUUUUUCCGUCUUGCUAGCGAUCGCCUUUAUUUUUCUUUUGGUGUAUGGCCCCUCUUUUUAUUUCUGACCCCUGAUUGUAAAUCACCUCAGGUACUUAACUGAUGGUAUGCUUUUAAGAGAAGCAAUGGCAGAUCCACUUCUGGAGAGAUACAAGGUGAUAAUUCUUGAUGAGGCCCAUGAGCGCACAUUGGCAACCGAUGUUCUAUUUGGGCUCUUGAAGGAAGUGCUGAAAAACAGGCCAGACAUGAAACUAGUAGUGAUGAGUGCCACACUUGAAGCUGAGAAAUUUCAGGGUUAUUUCAGUGGUGCACCGCUGAUGAAAGUGCCUGGAAGGCUCCAUCCGGUCGAAAUCUUCUAUACCCAGGAACCAGAGAGAGACUACCUGGAAGCUGGCAUUAGAACAGUCGUGCAGAUACACAUGUGCGAACCUGCAGGUGACAUCCUUGUUUUUCUCACUGGAGAAGAGGAGAUUGAAGAUGCUUGCAGGAAAAUAACGAAGGAAGUUAAUAAUUUAGGUGAUCAAGUGGGUCCUGUGAAAGUGGUUCCGCUGUACUCAACUUUACCCCCCGCAAUGCAGCAGAAGAUAUUUGAGCCUGCUCCAGCCCCACUGAAGGAAGGAGGUCCUCCUGGGAGGAAGAUCGUUGUGUCUACCAAUGUCGCAGAAACAUCAUUGACCAUUGACGGCAUAGUCUAUGUGAUCGAUCCUGGUUUUUCUAAGCAGAAGGUUUAUAACCCCCGGAUACGUGUGGAAUCAUUGUUAGUGUCUCCUAUAUCGAAGGCAAGUGCUCAUCAGCGAGCAGGGCGUGCUGGAAGAACGCAGCCUGGGAAGUGCUUUAGACUGUACACUGAGAAAAGUUUCCAUAAUGAUCUUCAACCACAGACCUAUCCUGAGAUUCUCCGAUCAAAUCUGGCAAACACAGUUCUCACUCUGAAAAAGCUUGGCAUUGAUGAUCUAGUUCAUUUUGACUUCAUGGACCCACCCGCCCCUGAGACCUUGAUGAGGGCGUUGGAGGUCCUGAACUACUUGGGUGCCCUGGAUGAUGAAGGGAACUUGACCAAAUUGGGGGAGAUAAUGAGUGAAUUCCCGCUGGAUCCUCAAAUGUCCAAAAUGCUUGUUGUCAGCCCUGAGUUCAAUUGCUCCAACGAGAUACUCUCUAUAUCUGCUAUGCUUUCAGGUAAGAGCUUCGUACUGUGCUUCAAGUGCUCCUUUCUGUCCUAAUAAGCAUGUGGUUUCGUCUGGGCGCAUUGGGUCGCUUUACUUUCUCAGAGGUUAAUUAAUGCCACACUUGCAUGUGCGUUUUUAAUGCGUCUGAAAUUGUAUGACUAGCCACAUCCCAGUAAUUUAAUAAAAAAUAAACAUGUUUAUAGACUUGUUUACUCGUUGUUAAUCAAUUAGGUUAUGUUGUAGCUCCAUAUGGCUACGGUUUCAUUCAUCCUCAACCCCCCUUCCUCCUCCUCCUCCUACUUGGAAAUAAUUUAUUUCACAUUUCUUUACAUCCUGGAAAUUUAGGGAAAAAAACGUUUAAAUAUAUAUUUUUUAUUUUAUUAUCAUUAAUUAAUCUGUCGGUUGAUGUUAUCACUUUGUAUGGCGACACGUUCUCUACCCUCAAGUUUGCUUUCUACUUGUCUUUCUGAUUUGCAUCCACGUACGCACCUGGUGCGUCUGCAUUAGUUUCAGUUUCUGUCCAUGUAAGAUUUGUCCUUUCUGGCUGUUUGGCUUCCUUGUGGGCUCCUAGUCAUCUCAUCGGUCAGUCAGUCAGCAUGACCAUCAUGGGCUUUAUCUUGAAUUUAAGUGCUAAUUCAGAUAGUUGCAGUUUCUCAGUUAUUCUCUCAUGAAGCAAAUGGUGUCAUCUCGCCUCUAUGCAUCUGCUGACCUCCCCUGGGCCUCUUCUGUGAUGACCAAUUUCUUUAUUUAGUACCCAACUGCUUUCUCCGGCCUAGGGAGGCCCAGAAAGCUGCAGAUGAAGCGAAAGCUCGGUUUGGGCACAGCAAUGGGGAUCACCUAACUCUUCUCAACGUGUACCACGCCUACAAGCAGAACAGUGAGUCUCUCACGCCUUUAUCUGUUCUAGUGGUCUUCGUUUCUGGCCUCUCACUCUGAAGCUUCUUCCGAAAAUGGCACACGGUAGACGAAGAUCCUUCAUGGUGCUAUGAGAAUUUCGUCAACCAGAGGGCGAUGAAGUCUGCCGACAACGUCAGGCAGCAGCUCGUCCGCAUCAUGGCGAGGUUCAACCUCAAGCUGUGCAGCACAGACUUCAACAGCCGUGACUACUACACGAACAUCAGGAAGUCGAUGCUCUCUGGUUACUUCAUGCAGGUGGCUCAUCUUGAGCGCACAGGCCAUUACUUGACCGCCAAGGACAACCAGGUGAGCCCCUCCUUCCCCUCUCCAUGGCAUGUUCUCAUCUCUCACAUCUCUCUCUCUCUCUCUCUCUCUCUCUCUCUCUCUCUCUCUAUAUAUAUAUAUAUAUAUAUAUAUAUAUAUAUAUUCCCCUUUUCCUCUCUCAUAACCUCAAGAUGUCCCUUUUCUGUGCAUUUAGGUUGUCCACUUACAUCCUUCGACAUGUUUGGAUCAAAAACCGGAGUGGGUCAUCUACAACGAGUUCGUCUUAACCAGCAGAAAUUUCAUUCGCACCGUCACAGAUGUUCGCGGGGAGUGGUGAGUACAUCUUUCUUCAUCCUGACGUGUUGUUGUUCACUUCACUGACUUCCGUAGAUGAGCCGCUCAUUGCGCAUUCCAUACUCAUGAUCCCUGCUUUCCUCACGUUUUUAAGAAGACGAAUUUCUCGAUAAAUCUUUAUUAUUUUUCCUCUGCGAGAUGGGUUUCUACGUAUAGAAGUCAACCCUGCUUCCUCAAGUAGCUAGUCUUAUAAUUUUCAAGGCUCCAUUCACUCACAGUUAGGAACGAACCUGUGAAACGCAAGGAGAAUUCAUCACUCUUCGAUUAAAAGCGCAGUCAAACCUAACGGACAUCUAAUCUUUUUGCCCAUUUGCAUAAAACGUGUUCCAGAUCGUGGGUUUUGGUGGGUUUUCGCCUCGGGCUUAUAAAAGUCAACCCCCUUCGAUUAAAAAAGUCUUCUUCUUACCAAAACCCAUGGGCCGGAUGGAUUAUCCGCAGGCUGGUGGAUAUUGCGCCGCACUACUACGACCUGAGCAACUUCCCACCGUGCGAGGCGAAGCGGGUACUCGAGCGGCUCUACAACAAGCGCGACCGCGAGAAGGUCGACAGCAGGGACCGCAAGGGCUCAGUGGCUUGA